AGGAUUAGACUUGAACGAGUCCGUAUUCAGCAUCCGAACGAUGUCCGAAGUCUUUCGAGCCGUCGAUUUUCAGUGACGCGUUUAUUUUCGAGAGCAAAAAUUAUUUAAAAACGCGGAAAUGGCUUUCGAGAACAAGGGUUUUAAUGCUGACGAAAUCGGCAUUGACUCUACCAUUCCCGGUGGAGAUUUUCAAAUCGACAAGGAAGCAAAGGAUGGACAGGGAAUGCCAGCAUUUCUAUAUAAAGCAGACAGAAAGUCGUCGACGACUUCUUCGUCCCAGGACAUGGAAGCAGGUCGGGAAAGAGAAGCCUGGAGCAACCCGAUCGAGUUCCUCAUGUCCUGCAUCGCCAUGUCAGUUGGACUGGGAAACGUGUGGCGUUUUCCUUACACCGCGUACAGAAAUGGCGGCGGAGCCUUUUUGAUCCCAUAUUUGGUUGUGCUUUUCUUGGUGGGCAAGCCCCUGUACUACUUGGAACUCUGCAUCGGUCAGUUUUCCAGUUACGGUGGUGUGAAAGUCUGGAAAUUGUCGCCCAUGUUCUCAGGAGUCGGAUUCGGCCAAAUGUUUGCAACAUUGUCUACAGCCACCUAUUAUUGCCUGCUGAUGGGGAUCACAGUGUUUUACAUGUUCGCUUCUUUCAAAAACCCGCUCCCGUGGCAAUUUUGCGACGAUUCGUGGGCUGACGAGGAUUGCGCCGACUCGCGCAAUAACGGCACGAACAGCAAAUUUUCCAAGUCCGCUCCCGAAGAGUAUUUCGUAAAUUACGUCUUGAACCAAGCAAGUCCGGAUGUCGGAGUGGAUGAUGGCCUCGGGGCUUUGGAUUGGCGGCUCGUGGGUUGCAUUGCGUUUGCAUGGGCUGUUAUUUUUCUGACACUUGCCAGAGGGUUGAAAAGUUCCGGGAAAGUCGCAUAUUUCACAGCCAUGUUCCCUUAUGUCGUGCUGAUCACGUUUUUGAUCAAAGGAGCGACGCUGAAAGGAGCUGGAGAAGGAAUAAAAUACUUCAUCACACCUCAGUGGGAAAAACUUGCCGAACCGGAGGUUUGGUAUCAGGCGAUUACUCAGUGCUUCUUCUCUCUCGCUGUGGGAUUUGGAAGCACCACAAUGUACGCCAGUUUCAACCGAUUUGAUCAUCCAAUUUACAGAGACACGUUGAUCAUCAGUUUGCUGGACACAGCCACAAGUUUGAUGUCUGGGUUUGCCACAUUCGCUGUAAUUGGACAUUUGGCAGACAGACUUGGUGUGGACUUGGACAAAGUGGUUACAUCUGAUGCAGGAUUGUCGUUCAUCACUUAUCCGGAUGCCAUGACGAGUUUUGGUGGCACUGGAGUGCAGCAAGUAAUUUUGUUCUUCUUCAUGCUGCUGACACUCGGGAUUGGCAGUGCAGUGUCAAUGGUCAGUUCGAUUGUGACGAUUAUUUGCGACCAGUAUCCCAAGCUGAACAGGAUCAUCGUCACGGCUUUGCUUUGUGGAGGAUGUUUCCUUUUUGGACUCAUGUAUUGCACCCCAGUGAGCGUGAACAAUAUCUGCGAUGAUAUCGAGUUCAUGACGAAGCAACGGCCCGGGUAUUAUUAUCAAAUAUGCUGGUUCUUCAUGAUUCCGCUGUCCAUUCUGACGAUUUUCAUUUACAAAAAUGUCAAUCUGGAGCAACUUUCCGUCUCUGGCUACUCGUACCCUACUUACUUGACAGUGAUUGGAUGGCUUGUGACGAGUGGGAUCAUUAUUAUGGUCCCUGCACUCGGUCUCGUAUACGCCAAAAAAGUUGGGUCCCUGGGAAAUGCUCUGAAACCUGCGUCCGACUGGGGACCGAAGGAUCCUAAAGUUAGAAAAGAGUGGGAAGCCUUUGCAAGUGAAAAAAGAGCGAAUGCGUCUUACACAAAUUUGCCGAUUUUCGGGAAAGUUCGCAUGCCGAAAUUUUGAGUGCUUUAAAUCUGAUCGGGGAGUGUAAUUUUGCAAAAUGUUGAAGGUACCUACUGACGCGUUUUGCUGCAUUCGCACAAAAAUUUCAGAAGGUCAAAAUUGUUUGGAUAUAUUGCGGACUGAAAAAUAUUAUUUUUUUAUACUCAAA